CGGCCCGCCCUGAAGCGCGCCGCGAAGCCGCGGGCGGGCGAAGCUUGCGUCUAGCGCUACUCUGCUGCAGGGCCCCGGCCCGGGCCCCGGCCUCCGUCGACAUUGCGAUGCGUGUCAAACUGCUUUUCCUUUCACCUGCGCUGGCAGCUGGUCAAAGGCAAUACGCGCUGGCGGCGCUGGGUCCACGAAAUAGCCCGCAGGCCUCCUCACCCCUUGGGAAUGGGUGCCGCCGGUCUUCCUUUUUACCUUGGUCUCGUGUGAAGAGUGGCGGCUUGGCACUUUGCUCUGUUCCUGUUGUGUUGACCAGAAGCGAUCUGAAAGUGGAGAACUCUCCGACACGAUCUGAAAGUGGGAGUAAGUAUCAAAGUCGCCCAGCGAUCUUCGCAACAAAUGACUUUGCGGUGGCGAAGCUUAGACUGUCACAGCUCCAAGUCUUUUUUUCGUAGACUAUAGCCCUCCGGAGCGGACUUUGGGCCUGUUACGGUCCUUCGCGAGCAGUAUAGAUACGCAAUAUUUUUAUGACCGUAAUUUUGUUGUCCUUCUCUGAGUAGAGGUACACAAUACUUUUUGUAACUGUAGUUCUUGUGCUGUAACUGUUCUCACUCUGAGGAAAAGCAAGCAAAAGUCUCUGCUCUGUUCAGUUUAACUUUUUUUUUUCACUAGUAGCAUCAAAAAUGCCGCCUCCAAUUCCGUCGCGUCCGAUCGGCUUUGCUGCUGGUCUUUGUACCGGACAGCCCGUCCUAAAAAUCGAGCUUUUUCAGGACCUAUGUUGCCUUAUGGAAAGAAAUACCGACGAGACAGAGAUUGAUAAGCAGAUACUCGAAAACUGAAAAUAACCGAGUAAGUGACUGAAAUAAGGGAGGUAAGUAGGUUUGACAGGGCUACUCUUCCUUAUUCAGGCUCAACUGUGCUUAUUUCAAGUAGUUACUCGGUUAUUUCAGUUUUUCGAAUAGGUAAUUAUAUACCUGAGGAAAACAGUAAGAGGGAGGCUGUGCGUGCUUUCAAGAUUCCAGUCAAGUCAUCUCUUUCAAGCUUCCAGUGCCUGCGCGUCCUCCCUGAAAACCUCCGAUGGUUUUUUGUGGAUUGCAAAGCGGGUCACGAAUAAAAGUAGAAGUCCCUUCUUUAAAAGUUUGCAAAGCUGUCGCAACAGCGGAUAAGCCAAAAAAAGUUGUUUGCGCCUCUUUACAUGACAUCGACUUCUAAGAACCCUUUUUCCGGCAAGAUGAUGAAGACUUUGGUAGAUGGAGUGAUCCCGGAGAUAGCGGAACGGCCAGAACUUGCUGGAAAGGUCGAAUUCAUCGUCCAACCCAUUGUCCAGCCCUGGCAUUGUCAUUAUGGACGAUUCAUUUCGUAAUAUAACGGGGAAGUCAAGUGGUUAUAAGAUUUCUUCGAGAUGUUAUUGUUUUUUGUUAUUCUUUAUUUUUUUUGUUCAAGAAGGAUUCGAUUAACUGUGAAUUUGUUUUUCGUUGGAACCAAAAUCAUGAAGUUGCUGCAACAUUUUUGUAUCUGAGGAGCCUUCAUACUCCAAGCAGCGUGAUGCAUGAAACGGCGCAUGCUGUGGCGCUUUCGCUUGGAAUGGAUCGAUAUUUUAUGAUGGUCGUGCUUAUCGAUUCACUUUUUUUGAGACUACUUCAUACUGACCUCAUACACUUAGUACAUACUCAAACAUGGCUCUACGCUUUCCAGAAAGAUUUUGUUGUUGCAAUUUGGAAGAUGCCCUGGAACACGUAUUGUCAUAUAUUCAUUUUAGUCACAUUCACUUUCGCAGUAUCGAUUAAGCCUUCUCACCCCACUGCUAUCGCCUGUUCAUAUGUUGGCCCUUUCUGCUUGCUAUUCUCGAGCAGCGGACCGAAAAAUUUGAGGAUUGGCAGACCUGUCAUUUGUCACGGGUCCAACUGCAUGAUCUAUGCUUGGAAGUCGCUGCCGCCAGUACACAUGCCAAUCGGAUUUUCGUAAAAGAGGAUGACCGGGAGAAAGUCAAGAUUAUGCUGCUUGAACAAAAGGAUUUAAUCAUUUGGAAAUAUUUCUGUUGGUGUUGCUUGGUAUCGUCUUUAGCAUACUGUCAUUAUGGAUGUGAUCACCUAGCACAGUAGGUAAAAAUGGAUAUCAUCAGAGCUUGUUAUCAUGAUGAUAAAUUUGAAAUUUGUGCUAUCUACUUCAAAAAGCCAACAUAGCAGAGGCAAAAGUUACUACUUUUACACCUUCUAACACCCCUCUGUUAAACUUAGUCGCAGUUGGUCAAGCCUCAGCGGAAUUUCAGCAGAUUCAGAUCAGCGUCAAAUACUCGGCCAAAUAUCACCGGAUCCGAUCCGUGCAUGUCACCCCUACGGUUUUCAUCAACGAUACGGAGGCCUCGGACAUCGGUUCCGGGUGGACCAAAGAGCAAUGGAUGGAGAAGUUGAUGGCUUGCGUUGCUUAGUCAGGAGAGAAGUUGACUUAGCCUGCGUUGCGUAGUACGGAGAGCGGCUGACUUGGCUUGCGUUGCCUAGUAGAGAUAUUCAGGGAGUGCUGGAAAACACCAGAGUGUAUUAUUUAGUGGGGGGGGAUAGCACUUCUAUUUUUUAUGGCUUGCAUGAUGUAGCUUUCUUCGGUUGAAGGAGUUCGAGAUAACUUGGAAGAAAGCAUAUCUGGGAACAUGUCAUGUACGCUUGCGGCAGGAAAGGGUUCCAGGAGGACAUGAAAUAAAUCAUGUAAAAACAGCGCACGAGGCAAAACAUGCGAACCGCUCAGGUUUUUUGAAGUAGCCUGACUUUGCCAUGUCAAUAAGAGUAAGUAGCACGGAGAUGCACUACUUCGUC